AUGGGUGAUCUUCCUCAAUCAGUACGAGUGCCAAAUAUUCGCCCAGUUGUAACGAUUGUAGGUGGGUCAAGGAUCCAAGAACUUCUUUCGAAAUUACUAAUAAGCAGCACUAUCGAGCAGCGACUGGAAUCAGAAUUUGUUGACUUCAACCAUGAAUUCAAGAUAAGAAGUGAAAAUAAAUCAUUUGAAAGAUAUUAAAAAUAAUAGGAAUUCUGUUAUGACAAUUCCUAUAAGAAAAUAAGACAAUAUUUAUUGCAAUUAAAUAUAUACCAAUAAAGGAAUACUUAAGCUUAACUGGACUACCAAAUGCAAGAAAGUCAUUCCUUCAGUCCUUCUUAUUGUUUUUGAUUGGGGAGGGCUAUCACCUGACUCUCCACAAUUAGAUUCUCAAGAUUGGAAAUCUAAAGAAGCUACCAUUGCUAGAUAUGUGCGCAGAUUUAAAGACCAGCUUAGAGGAAGACUAGUGAAAAUUGCUGUUUUAGCUAUUUUGAGUCCUAAUGAUGAUAACCCAUUAGAAGACAAAGGAUCUCUCAUUAAAAAAGCCUGCGAAAUCGACAGUAAAGGAAUAUUUCUCGCUAGAAUCAGCUUAGACGAAAAUGAUUCUAGGAUGAUAAAAUUCAAAAAAUACCUUUGGGAGAGCUCAAGUGCCCAUUAUAAGGACGAAAUCGAAAGACUAAAAAAAUUAAAAAGCCGAGCACAGAAAGAAAUCAGUGGAAAUUUCAUAGAACUGCAAAUAAGGUACAAUUUUAAGCUUGGAUAUUUAUGUGAGCUUAAGCAGGAUAAAGAAGCCGCUUUAAACCACUAUAAAAAAGCUUAUUUUGAGCUGCAGGAAAUGGGAACAAAUGACAUCUCGCAUGCUGAGGAAAUAAGAACUGUAGCAGAUUGGACUGCUCAUAGGAUUUUAUCAAUCCUCUUAAGCCCGCCUCAAUUGAUAUCAAGACUCAAAGAAGCGAUAACUGUCUUUAAAAACCAUUUAGUUCAAUACAAAAUUAACAAGCAUAAAGACAUCAUGUCUUUUGAGCAAUGAAAAUGGCUGAGUGAACAAUAUGGCCGCUUUGGCACUCUUAUUGACAAUAUUCCUCAAGAAAUAUUAGAAAAGGACAAUUUCUGGACACAUCCAGCCUUUUAUUUCCAGACCUCAGCCAUUUAUUUCUUAAACCGCUCCCAUAUCACUGUUGAAGACCCUGAAUUUAUGCAGUCAGUAAUAAACUGGAAAGGAUUUAUAGAAAAUACUGGGCUCAGAGUAAAAGACCCUGAAUAUGUAGGCCAAGCCAAAACUUUAAUUUCCCACCCAAACCAAAAUGAAAUGAUUGAAGGAAUCAGCUUAACUGACCAAAUGAAUAUCAUUAAAACCCUUGAAGAAGCUGAAGUCGACCAUAUUUCAAUAGCCACUGAUUAUUUCACAAGGGCGCUGAAAUUUUAUAAAAUAAUUAUUAUGAUGCCUAGGAUGGCUGCACAUAUUUCAUAUUGGCUUUCCGAACUUUAUAUGAGAACUGGACAAGGUGAUAUUAGCUAUAAAGUCAAAGUAGAGUUAUGGAAAAAGCUUGAUGGGUGGACAACCCUUUUGGCUUCAUUAAUUAAAGGUCUAUUAAGCUCUUCUACUGAAAACACUGAAGAAAACCUACAAUGGCUUUUGCAUUGUGCAAGCGUAGACAGCUCAAAAUCAGCCGAAUCAUUUCAAGAAAUUAAAAAAAUAUUAUCAGCACAGAUGCUUCAAGUCAGAAUGAAAUGCCCAGAAAAUUUAAUAAGUUUAGAAGCCUGCUUUAAACCAAAAAAAAUAUCGACUUACCAUCCUACAUUUCUUGAAAUAAAACUGGUAAGCAGCUUUCCUGAAAUUUUAGAGCCUGUAAAAAUCAGUUUGAUUUUUUCUGAUAGCUCUUUUAAUAGAGAUAUUGAAGAGACAAUAUCACUUAUUCCAGGCCAGCCUAGACUAGUAUCACAUAGAAUCCUUGUAAAAAGCGGAUUGGUGUCUGUGAUUGAGCUAAUAAAAGUCGUCCUCACAUAUGAGCCUGUAGCAAUGAGCAUGAUUGCAUUAGAAGUUGACACUUUAGCAAAACUCUAUGUAAAUCCUCCUCCAGCCAAGCUACUCCCUACCUUUCAGCACUCACCUCCAGCUUUAAUUUCUGAAUACUACCCUCUUACAAUUACCCUUAACCCGUAAAUUCUAAAUAGAGAAGCCGAAAUUACUAAUGGCAAACUUAUAAUUGUAGAAGAAACUAUUGACGAUGAACAAGAAAAAUCCAUCCGUAGGCCUAGCAUUGAUAGAGAAACUGAAAACAGCUUCUCAGUUGUCGUAGCAAAAGAUGAGCCUGAAGACUACACUCCAGGCGGGAUUAUUCUGCCGAAUUUGACUGAAAAAUAUGUUCUGCCGUUGAAAUUUUUAUUUAGUGAAGAAAAAACCUAUGAUUUGAAGGUGAAACUUAGGUACUCUGUAAAAGCAGAAGACGAUUUGCAGUAUAAGUCAGAAGAAGUUUAUGAUCUAGAUGUCCCAGUUUUUACCCCUUAUCAGUUUUCUAUUAGACCUGGAGGUCCAAAAAGCUAUUGUCGCAUUCCUCUACCUAAUAAAGAAGUUAAAGAAUCCCCUGUGGAUUUGAAAGUUAUAGUCCCUUCUAUAUUUUCAGUCCAGCAGCUAUUCGAAAUGAAAAUAAUUAUAAAAAAUAAGACAAAUGACGACAUGGAAAUAAAGCUUUCAUUAGAGCAAGUGUCAGCUUUUAUGAUUGGAGGGAUUGAAAGCUUAAAGUUCGUUUUAGCAGCACAGGCAGAAGAAACGUUUAAUAUAAACAUUUUUGGUAUUGAAGCAGGAACAUUACAGCUUCCAUCUGUAGUCAUAAAAGGAGCUGAGUUUGAGAAAAAGUGGGAAGGCCGUAUUUUAAUUUUGCCAUAG